AUGGCCACUACAAGCCGUCCAAGUCCAAAGAUAGCUAUCAUUGGAGCUGGUCCAGUCGGCUGCAUGCUUGCACGUCUACUACACCUGGCCAAUAUUGAAUGCACUGUUUUCGAGGGCGAAGAUUCCCCCAAUUAUAGGUCGCAGGGCGGCAGUUUAGACCUGCAUACCGGCACCGGCCUGGCCGCCAUGAGAGAAGCCGGCCUUGAAGAGGAGUUUGAGAAGCUUGCACGCUACGAUGGCGAAGCGAUGAAAAUUAUGGACGAGAAGUGCAACAUCCUCAUGCAGUUGGAGGCCUCAGGAAAGGACAAGACCCGACUUGCUGGCUCGCGUCCAGAAAUUGACCGCGCCCUGCUCAGGCAACUGCUCGGCCAGAGCCUGCCCGAAGGGAUGAUUCGCUGGGGCCACCACCUGAAAAGCGUCGAAGAGGAUGGGCGCCUUGUUUUCAGAAACGGCACCGAGUCCGGCUUCGACCUUAUUGUUGGAGCAGAGGGAGCAUGGAGCAAGGUGCGCAAGGUGUUGACCGACCAGACGCCGGUCUAUUCAGGCCUUAGCAUGUACGAGCUUGCCAUACCGGAGCCGAGAACGAGAACCCCUGAGCUCUACCAGCUGGUCAACCGCGGUACUGUGUUCGCACACUCUCAGGGUCGUGAACUGGUGAUCCAGCAAAUGGGUUCUGGGGAGCUCCAUGCGUAUGCCAUCUUCAAGGCCGAUGAGAGCUGGAUGGAGGACCAGCGCAAGAAUCCGCUUGUGUUGGCUGAAGUCAAGGAGAUACUUUUCGGGAAGAAUGGAACCUUUGUUGACUACAACGAAACCUUGAAGGAUAGCCUGGCAAAAUGUGAGGAGAAAUGCAUUCCACGUCAGCUCCACAUGCUUCCUGUGGGGUUCCGCUGGAAGCACCGUCGGGGCUUCACAAUCAUUGGCGAUGCGGCACACGUCAUGACCCCAUUCGCAGGUGAGGGCGUCAAUGUCGGUCUCAAAGACGCCCUGGAUUUGUCGGCAGCUAUCAUCGCAGCAGCCAAAAACGAAAGUGCAGACGUAUCUCUUGCUGAUCGUCUCGACAGGGCGAUCGAAAAGCACGAGAUAGAGAUGGGACCGCGAGUAGAUGGAUACACGACUCUCACUAACGACAUGAUGAAUAUUUGGUUUUUCUCAUCCGAUCCCCCUGAGAAAAAGGUCGUCAGGGCUGUGAGCAAGAUUGUGAGCUUUAACUCUCCAUACGUCUUGCGGCCCUUCGCCGGCGCAGGAGUGCAAAUGUACUUUGCGAUGAAGAAUGUGCUGGGCAGUGUCUUGGGUUGGUAG